CUGACCGCAUUAUUUCACGGUGCCGAGCGGAGAGAGUAGUAUCUUUUAGUGAGCUCUAAAGAUUCAAGAAACUGAAACAUAUGACUGUUAGGGUUAUUGAGAAGUAGUUCGAAUUAUAAGAAUUUUGUUACUAAAUCCACGUUAAUAUACAGCAAGUAUGCUGUGAGACAGCGCUGGAAUCCUUAUUUUCAAUUCAGGAUGAUCGUUUUAAAGUCGGUUCCCUUUUUCGUCUUUGCCUUCCUCCUUGCGGAGGCUGUGAAAUCGGGUGUGAGAACGGCACGAUCUGCAAACCGGAUGAGGCUAACCCGACAGAUAUCAUGCUAUGACGAUUUUGAGUACCCCACCGUUAACCACUGCUGUCAAAGGUGUGAAGCUGGUCAGUAUGUUAAAAAGGCCUGUGAAAGAGCUGGAGAGAAAGGCAUCUGUGAGCCCUGUCCAAGCGAUACGUACACGGAGCACCGGAACGGACUGGAUCGAUGUCUCCAGUGCACAAAAUGCCAUGAAGACAAGGUGGCUACACAGGCUUGCACCAGCACCAAGAACACAGAGUGCCAGUGUAAAACGGGCUCAUUCUGUGAGAAGGAACAGGCAUGUGAAGUGUGCAAGAAGUGCAAGAAGUGUAAAGACGGUGAGGAGGUGAUGACAAACUGCACCAUCACGUCCAACACUAAGUGCCGCCCGAAGCCACCCUCACCUGCCUCCAGUCACGCAUCUCAAGUGGCUAUUCCUGUUGUGUUUGUGCUUCUGCUUUUGAUUGCCCUGGCCAUUGUUUGGUACUGCUGCUGUUGGAAGAAAAAAGCCACAGCAGAGAGCCACAGUGGGUCUGGUGAAGACGUGGAGAUCACUGUGGAGGAAGACGACAAACUGACGGUGGAGAGGCAGAACAGACAGAACGCAGGACUGGAGGAGCCGGGGCAGGAGCUGGAGCCCUUCCUGCCGCACGUUAUGUUGGUGGGUCCCAAGCCUUCUCCCGGGGAGGACGACGACAAUGGCCUGGGGGACAGCCUCCCCAACACCACCACCUCCUCCCAAAGCAGUCUGAGCACUCCGCCCGUAGCCCCCCAGCCCAGCCCCAAGACCCCAAGGCAGCCGGCAGCUAGGGAGGAUGGCUCUUGUAGAAGACUUAUUCCUGUCAAUGGUGAAGACUCUUUGAUGAAAUCCUUUGAUAUUAUUGAAAAGAACCUGGACUGCAACCUUCGCAACAAGUUCUUCAGACGUAUCGGAUUAAGUGACAAUGACAUAAACGAUCCAAUUUUGUCUUCUCAUGGGGAUAGAGUGUAUAAACUCCUUAAGUUGUGGAUGGAAAAGCAGGGACUGAAAGCGGAUAUAAAUGACCUCAUUCACACAUUGCUGGAGCUUCAUCAAAAGUUGUCUGCGGAAACUGUUAUUCAAGAAGUCAUUGAGCGUGGGUUUUAUACAUUUGAGGAUGAGAGCGGUUGAUGUGCCUUCAACAUCGCUAUAAUAGAAUUUAAACGAUGAGAAUGAUUUAAAAAACGCCUGUCUGAAGUGGGGCAUCACCUUGUCUCUAUGUUCAUCUUACAAGCAGGGUCGUAUAUUUGCAUUUCCAGCAUCUGAGUAUGCAGUGUUUGUGUGCAUCUCCCUAUCGUGAAUUGGGCAGAAGAGCCAGGAUUAACACUGAGUUUAAAUGGUGUCAGAAUGUCCCUGAACAAAUCUCUGUCCUGAACAUACUUGAUUUCCCUCCAAGUGUGUGAACACUCAAAAAUCUGAAGAUAAAGAUGCGGAUAUGUACAUAGUUUUUGUGUGCAUCUGAAUUCUCUCUUCUGGAAUGAAGGAUGGCAGAACGCUGUUGUACGACUGGAUUGCAUUCACUAUUUUUCCAGAGCCAUGCGUUUGUGAAUGUUGUACUUAUUAUGAAUAGUACACCCUUUUCUUUUCAUGCAGUGGUAUACAAAACUGGAGAAUGGCUUCUUGUCACGUUGAAAAUGUCGGCAGACUGAAUUGUCAGUGCUUAAACAAAGCAGAACAGAAGCCAGAUUGUGACCGGCACAGAAACUGAACCCGCUCCUGUGGCAGAGGUGCUGUACUCCUCCCAGUAGGGAGAUCUCUGAAAAGGGCUGUGGAGAUACUGUGUCCUUGUUUCCAAAGUUUCUUUGGCUGGUAGAAGGUAUCGUAUUGUUGGCACCCAUUCAACGCACAAGGACAAUCCUUUUUCCUCUCCCCUAUGACCAUUGAGGGAGAAUAAUAAGAGUUUUAUCUCUUAUAUGAGGAUGUUAGUCCAGACAGCACUGGGCUUUACUCAGGUCUAUUGGUCCUUGUUUGUUGAAGGUGUCAGACUGGUGUAUUUGACAGCUUAUUUACAAACAAAAUUACACUGGUGUCUAUGAAUUGUUGAACUACUCAGUUUACUGAUGAAUUAUUUUCACUUUUCAGUAAAUGAUGACGGAAAUGAUAAUAGAAACACAACAAGAAACAACAGUUCUGUAACUCUUAUCUGCCAUUAUUGCAUUUUGGCCACGUAUGUUAGCUAACAGACAUGAUCAACUUUAAUCACGCUGAGCCAUAAGUGUUCUGUAUGCACAGGUGUGAUUAAGGUAAAAUGCUGUUUUAAGGGGAAAUCAGGCUGUAUGAACAAAAACAAUGUAAAUGGGACCAUAAAAUGACGACGGUUUCAUUUUUGUUUUGUUGUGUUGUUUAGCCCCCAAAUCGGACUGCAAGUAGGUGCAUGCGUGAUCAGCUGAACGGCAAUGUAAGCGUGCUAUCCAGUGUUGUGCUCAUGGAAGUAUUUUCUUUAUUUUGAGAACCAGCUUGUAUAAUUGUAUAGAGUUGUAUAGAGUAUGUUGAGGUUUUUUGUACUUAUUUUUGUACUGCUUUUCAAUUAAUUUUUUUAAUGGAUAUUGCCUUCUUUUGAACAUUGUCUUAGAAAUAUUUAUGUACACCUUAUUAAAUUAUUUAUUUAUUGUUUUUGAAUAGCUAAUUAUGAGAUGUAAAAAUGUCUUAAGACUUUCAGUAUCCAUUUGAAAAUAAAAUUGUUCAUAUUUGCACA